CAUUAUGGACAAGCAGCAGAACAACUCCAUCCUCAAAGAAGGGUUCCUCGUGAAGCGGGGCCACGUGGUUCACAAUUGGAAGGCUCGCUGGUUUGUGCUGUUACCGGACAAGCUGUUGUACUACAAGUAUGAAGGGGGCAAGAAGGACCCCUGUCAGCGGGGAAAGAUCCUCUUAGCCAACUGUACCAUUACUUGUCCUUUUCUGGAGUAUGACAACCGACCCCUGGUCCUGAGGCUGCAGACACAGAGCUCGGCUGAGUACUUCCUGGAGGCCUGUUCUCGGGAGGAGCGGGAUGAGUGGGCAGCUUGCAUCACCGCUACAGCGGGGAAACUCAAGACGGGUAACGGCCAAAGUGCCACGCCUGCGUCCACCAGCCCCACAUCACUGCAGCUGCACAAUGUCAGCCUGAAUCAGGUGGUGGACUCCAUGUAUGAUGUUCACAGCGGUAUCAAGCUGACCAACCACAUGGAGCAGGGCAGCGCCUUCAGCAACUGCUUUUCAGGCUCUGCAGUGGUUGACUGGCUGGUGUCCAUGCAGAUGGCCCUAACCCGGGUGGAGGCAGUGACUCUGGCUUCUGCGCUGCUGGAGGAAGGCUUUGUGCGACCUGUGGGAGUGAAGAGUGUGGAGGCCCUGCGCUCGGCAGGACUCAGCGAGCAGUUUCUGGAUGACUCCACGGCCCUUUACAGCUUUGCUGAGGCUAUCAAGAAGAAGGGGAGCGUGAAGGCAGAGACCACUUUGACUGCAAUAGAGACGAGUGGGAAAGUGAUGAAGAGGGGCUACCUGCUCAAACAGGGACACAAGAGAAAGAACUGGAAGGUGCGUCUAUUUGUUCUGCGGACAGAGCCAGGUUACCUCCACUAUUAUGACCCCAGCAAGGAUGGCAUCAGCCCUGUGGGCGGAUUCUCUCUGCGCGGCUGCCUGGUGUCGGCACUGGAUGACAAUGGCGUUCCCUCAGGUGUGAAGGGCAAUGUGCAGGGCAACCUGUUCAAGAUCAUCACUCAGUCAGACACACACUACUUCAUCCAGGCCCCGACCCACCAAGAGAAGAUGGACUGGAUUGAAGCCAUCAAGCAGCAGACGUGAGAAAAGGCAAGGGCUGGGAAGGCAAGAGGCAUGAGAGGGAUUGUGGUUAACGAGAGGUCAAAGGUGAACAGACACCCAGGUGUGAGUGGAAAGUGUGAGGGGUGUCCAGAUAACAUAUAUGUCCAUUUCAAUAUUACAUCGCAUUGAACCUCCCACCCAAAAAUGUUGUACCUCCAUUACAAUGUGUCAUGUGUCAACCAGUUGCCAAUGCUGGUUGACACAUGCCAAUGAGCACAUUUUGUCUUUCUAAAAGAUUUGUAUACCAUUCGUAUACUUGUAACUUAUUUUAAUUGCUAUUUCUAACCAACCAUUGCAACAGCACACUAAGAUGCUGAGGUCCUGAAUAAGCAGUCUAAAUGUUACCGCAUGCAUUCUGUGAAUGUAACUAUAUUUAUUCUAAAUUGUCCUACAAAUUAUUUCAUGAAAAGUACUCCUAUGGUAUACAUGUGCUGAAAGUCUAAAUCUAAAGAAUUUACAUUUUGUGUGGAAAACGUGUAAAUAUAUAUUUGUGAAAUAAAAUUAGACUUUGUUAUAUGAAUUUGUUUAGCGACAAAAGUAUUUGCAGAAUGCAUGAAAAACAAGGGAAAGUGUUCAAACAGGCAACAGUCAGGGAUGAUGAUCAAUCCACACAAGACCAGUUAAGGCAUGCCCCUGUUCUGUAUUGCUCUGUCAAAGGAGAGCAAGAUGUACUCUGGUUAGGUGAUCCACCUCACCUUAAUAUCUGCAACAUAUUAUGGGCUGUUGGUGAGUGUACAGGGUUGAGGGUGAUAACUCAUUCUCUCAUCUUUCUCCUGGCCUUGAAUCCAAUGUCAAGGUAUAGAAGUUACGAGGAUAUUUAUGUCCAGGUGCAUGGAUAACUUUGCUGUCUGAGAGCAACUGUGAUCCAUAUCCCAUAACAUAGUGAAAUCUAGAAGGAUAAACUCAGAAAAACUUAUUAUUAAUUAUUUUCACCCUGCUCUUUUACUAUAUG